UCUUUCCACUCUUCCACAUUAAGGAACCCAAAAACCCUAAAAUUUUCUUUCGCACUGUGGAAUCUCCGACUAUUCCCCUCCUGUUCGAUCGAUUUCUCUUCGCUCCUCUCUCACGUCCCGCCAUUUCACACAACCAAUGACGAAGCUUCGAUCUCGCGAAGUAUCUCCUCCGGUCCCAGCGAAGCCGCUAUCCAAACGGUCUGACGUUGAACCGGCAACUCCCGCUCGAACCCAAGAGUCCAAAGUUCACCGAUCACCGAUUGAACAGGUACAUGGUUCAGUUUCCGGUGGGUCGGUUCCCGUUGACGGACCCACAACCACCUCCCGGAGGCGCAGUGUCCGUCUCGCCUCCAAAAUCGGUGAUGGAGAUGAAUGCGUCAAUGGGCUUACCGAAAAAGAGGUUACUAUCUCAACGAGUCGCAAAGGGACAGGGAAGAGAAGGUUGAAAGUGGAUGAUGUUCCCGUUCCGGUUGUUGAGGUUAAGGAGGGUCGAGAGUUUUUGAGUUUGCGGUCGGGAAAGAGAGUUGCUAAGAGGGUUGUGAGAAAUGGUGUUUGUGAUGUGGAGAAUGAUUGCGAGAAAAUGGAAAUUGACAAUAGAGAGUGUGAGGAAUCGGAGAUUGAUUUUGGGAAGUUGGGUUUUCAGUUCGAACGGAAGAUUUUGGAUGGAAAUGUUAGAAAAAUGGUGGAGGGUGAGAAGGAAGGAGAGGAGGUGACGAGUGUUAAUGUAUCUGCCUCUGAUGGCAGCAGAGAGGUUGAUUCAGUUGAAGAUAGUUCAUUUCUGAAUGGCAAGUUCAUCCUCAAAUCUCGGGUGGAUACAGAUGCCCCAAUGGUUAUAAAAUCAGCAAGUAUGAAAAGACGAAAAAGGGAAUUCCGGGAUUUGGUAGAAGAAAAUUGUUCUAGUGACGAUAAAUCAGAGAAUGUUGCGGUCAAUGAGCUUUGUGGUGAUGACGUAGUGGUUAAUGGAGAUGUGAGACUUGAAUCACUAUUGGAUGGUACAGGGGAUGGUGUUGUAAGCAUUUCCAAAAAUGAGAAGGGAAAGGCAGUGGUGCUCUAUGGGAAUGGUGACAGUGUUAUAGGCAAACAAGUCACGGGGCAUUCAGUUGAAGUUUAUUCUGUGGAGAAUGGGACAUUAGAUUGCAGAAAUGGGACAGAAGGAAGGAUUUUAGUGGAAGAUGUUAGCGGAGGUGGAGAUGGGAAGGGAAAAUGCGAGGAGGGUUUGGAUAAGCCAAGUAGCUCACAGGAUAGAAGGAGAUAUACCAGAGAAGAGAAGGGUAAAGGCAUAAUGGUAGAGAAUGUAUCUUUCCUGGACAGAAAUGACAUCACAGAUGUUGAUGCGGAAAUGGAGAUCAAGUACUCAACCAAUGGUGAUGUAAUGCCCGAAGCCCUUGGAAAGGAGUUGCAUGUAGUGGUUGAUGUGGAGCAAACAAAGAAUACAGAGAGAAAUGAAAGGCGAAAUGAAACAGGAAAUGAGAGGAGGAAUGAGUCAAGAACCAAACAGUUCCAUGAAAUUGCAAAAAGAAAUGCUGCUCGAUUUGCUUAUUUCGAUGCUCCAGGGGAGGAAGACGAUGACUUUUCUGAUAAAGAGGUUGAAUAUCAAGCUGAAGAUUGGCCUGGUCCCUUCUCUACUGCCAUGAAAAUAAUCAAGGACCGAGAAGACAAUGCGGAACUGCCUAUCGGUACUUCUCUCUCAAACAAAGCAAAAUCUUUGCCAUUGAUAUGGGUUCCUAGAAGAGAUGAAAGUUUUAUCCCUCAAAAGCGUGUGGCUCCAUCUCUGCAAGAACUGUGUAUGAAAAUUCUUGCCAAGAACGCCGAUGCAAUCACUUCACUUGAGUAUGUCCCAGAUGCAUUAAAGCACAAACUUUGCCAAUUGCUGUGUGAUUCUAGGAGAAUGAACGCCCAUUUCCUUGAUCUUAUUAUUCGUGGAUCUCCAGCCGGAAUUUGCUUACCUGAUUGCUCGUGGCUGACUGAGGAAGAAUUCACUGAGUGUUUUAAGAACUGUGAUACUACAAACUUGACGGUUCUUCAACUUGAUCAAUGUGGGCGUUGUUUGCCAGAUUAUGUAUUGCUCCCUACCUUAGCAAAGUCACCAAAUAACUUACGAGUACUAUCUUCUCUGUCUUUAAAUGGUGCAUUUCGGCUUACUGAUGUUGGGCUCCGUGCACUCGUUUCCGCUGCUCCUGCAAUUAGAUCGAUAAAUCUCAGCCAGUGCUCUCUCCUAACAUCCUCAAGCAUAGACAUAUUAUCUGAUUCUCUCGGAUCAGGUUUAAGGGAACUAUAUAUUAACGAUUGUCAAACCAUCGAUCCAAAGCUUAUUUUGCCAGCUUUAAUCAAGCUUCAGAAGUUGGAAGUACUCUCCCUUGCUGGUUUUCCUUUGGUUAGGGAUCGGUUUGUGAGAGAGUUUGUUACAGCUAAAGGGCUGAAUUUGAAGCAGCUUAUUUUGGCCGACUGCAUGAAAUUAACUGACUCUUCGACGAAAGCCAUUUCCGAAAACUGUCCCGGUUUACUUGUGCUUGACCUGGCUAACUUACACAAGCUGACAGAUUCUUCUUUGGGUUAUCUUGCAAAUGGUUGUCAAGCCAUGGAGAAAUUGAUUCUCUGUCGCAAUGCUUUCAGUGAUGAUGUCGUAGCUGCAUUUCUGGAAACUGCGGGGAGUUGUCUGAAGGAACUUUCGCUAAAUAACGUCAAGAAGGUUGGGCAUAAAACAGCCUUAUCGCUUGGAAAACACUCGAGAAAGCUGGAGACUUUAGAUCUGUCCUGGUGCAGAGACAUGACGGAUAAUGCAUUGGGCUACAUCGUCGAUAGCUGCUUAUCAAUGAAGGUUCUUAAACUUUUUGGAUGCACUCAGAUUACGAAAGUGUUUCUGGAUGGAUACUCGAACCCUAAUGUGAAUAUCAUAGGUCUGAAGAUGUCUCCAGUCUUAGAUCAUAGAAAGGUACCUCAUCAUCUGGAGAUAUGAUUGAGACAAAAGACAGUGAUGAACUGCAGUAGACUUGGUUUUUGUUGUCUGAUUGUUACGUGUGAAGCUAAGAGUUACGGGUAAAUAUGUACAGAACAAAACGUUGAACUGAUCAGUCAGUUCAAACAUGUCUUUUGUAAUGUGCUGAAAUGUGGCUCUUCUAAUGUCAUCUAAGUUUAUAGAUU